UGUCUUUCUCAUGCUACUACGGCGUCGGGCGUAAGCAGUUCUACGUUAAAAUGGCUGAUCCAAUCACAAGCGCAACGAAAUGUCGCAUCUUUCUCGCUGGUGUUAUAGUGGGUGCAUCGUCAUCUGCUGUGGUCUACAUGUUGUGCAGGAAGACACGAGCGAAUCACACCUACACGCAGACAACCAACACCUUAUGUGAAUCUGACGAUGAAGCAUCUUCUCCAGCAACCAAAUUUGCAGAUGAAAUACCCGAGGAAGACGCUUCUUGCUCUAACGCCACUAGAUCAGCGCUGACUCAAGUUCAGGCUAUGUUGGAAGGGAAAGGAGUAACAUUAAUUUUGUCGUCUGCUCUGAGGAAAGUCAUCUUUCUGGCACAAGGAGCGAAAACAGCAGGUCUGAAUAUUGUCCGCAGCGAGGGCUUUGAUGAGGCAGAUGAUAACGCGACGCAUGUCUUUGGGAAAUCGUCUUCUUUUAUCUAUGGUAAGAGUACAUUUCGGUCCGAACGGGAUGUGGUCACCGGCAAAACAUUCAUUCUUCAGAAGUUCCCAUCCGAGAUAGCUGUAACACACCCGCGACCUGGAACUGUCGCCGCUCAGAGCAGUGGUUCCGAGACACGAGUCCCACCGUUAUCAGAGAUCUUCCCCUUCAGUGUCCUCAGCAAGAUGGGGAUACGCCAGGACCCGUACUUCGGGGAGGAGGAAGAAGAAUUGCAGACCUGUUCGUCAGCAACAGUCUCGAAAACGUCAAGCGGGAAAUGUGUUCGCGUAAUCCGAUCUAGACACCACCAGACGCCGACUAGCAGUGCCAGGUGUGUUCAGAAGGUGGAGCAGACGGGCCACCCGGACAUCUGUAAGGUAUGGCGACUCGGGGCUGAGUUCCAUGACCUGUACCACAGCAGAUACGACACAUAUCACGGCAUUGUCCAUCCGAACACACCUGUUGUACUGUACCCUGGAGUCAGGAAGUAAAUA